AAAAGACUUUAAAAGGUGCAAGGAAUUACCAAUUCACAUUCGCAGCAAAGAAGUUCACUAUGGAAAGUUCAUCAAUGAUUUAGACUUUUGUUAGAAGAUGAAAAAUACAACUGUUUUAUUGAUUCUGGUGCUGUUAUCGGUGAUGAAGCCGGGGCGGUGGUGGCAGCUCAAUGGAAGAAAACAGUUGGACAGUGCAAGUUGAGAAAUGGGUUCAUUCUUGCAAAGGAGAGUGGAUUUCAAAUUGCAGUGCUUGAAUGACUUCCUCAUAGUAGUUCAAAUUCUUUGAAUUGAAUUAUUUGUGUCCACCAAUUUCAAUCAUACAUAGGGAGAUGCAGAGAAUUACCAACUCAUAUUCACAGCAAAGAAGUUCUCAGGAUAUUUGAACUGUGGGAAGUUCAUUAAUGGCUUCGACUUUUGUUAGAAGGCUCCAAGGCAAGGUAGCACUAAUCACAGGUGCUGCUAAUGGAAUAGGCGAGUCAACCGCCAAACUGUUCGCCAAACAUGGAGCUAAAGUUAUGAUUGCAGACAUCAAUGAUGAUUUGGGAGAGAAGGUAUGCAAGGAUUUGGGAAAAUCAUCAGCCUCUUUUGUCCACUGUGAUAUAACUAAUGAAUCAGAUGUAGAAACUGCAGUCAACACAACUGUUGCCAAAUUUGGGAAAUUAGAUAUAAUGCAUAAUAAUGCCGGUAUAGGAGGGAAAGCAAAUCCAAGCAUUCUUGAAAUCGAAAAGUCGGAGUUUGAAAAGAUUAUUAAUGUAAACCUCGUAGGUGCAUUCUUGGGUGCUAAACACGCUGCUCGAGUAAUGAUCCCGAAUCGCAGUGGGAACAUAAUCACAACAGCGAGUACCUGUUCAAAAAUAGGGGGUGGUUCUUCACACAAUUAUGUAAGUUCAAAACAUGGGGUGGUAGGACUCACAAAGAAUAUGGCUGUGGAGCUUGGAAAAUAUGGCAUUCGAGUAAAUUGUGUGUCGCCACACGUAGUUCCUACCCGUCAAUCUAAGGAAUUCUACAAAAUGGAUGAUGAGGGAUGCCGUGGUGUGUAUUCCAUCCUUAAAGGUGUGUUUCUUAACCCAGAGGAUGUGGCUGAAGCUGUUCUGUUCUUGGCAAGUGAAGAGUCAAAGUUUGUGACUGGACACAACCUUUUUGUUGAUGGAGGCAUCACAAUUGCAAAUUCCAAGUUUUGCAUGUUUGAGUAAUCUCUAUAAUACAUUUCCUAGAUUAUGUUUCUCCCUGUUCAGUUCUCAUGUUUAAUGUACCUAUCUCUCAUGUUUGUCUGAACUUUAAAAAAUAAAAAUAAAAAAAUAUUAAUGUUAUUAUUACAAGGCAAU